CUCCCCCGGCUCGGGCAAGGAAAUGACCUAAGAGGAAACCUGGGCCGUGCCGGGAGGGCGCGGGGCUCGGGAGGUGCCGGCGAUGUCCCGGCGGCCGGAGGACACAGCGGGGGCGGCCGGCAGGAACUAGGUGACUCUUGCCCUUGGAGAAAACCAGUCAUGGGGGAAACAGGCAAAGAAGACUACAAAAUACAGUCCUUUGACUCUGAGACUCAGAAGCUGCUGAAAACAGCCCUCAAAGACCCCAGUAAUGUGGACCUGGAGAAAGUGGCCAAUAUUAUAGUGGACCAGUCUCUCAAAGACUUUGUGUUCAGCAAGGAGGCUGGACGCAUCUGCUACACCAUCAUCCAGGCAGAGAGCAAACAAGUUGGCCAGAGCAUCUUCCGGAGGAGCCUGCUGAACCGGCUGCAGCAGGAGUACAAGGACAGGGAGGAGCUGCGCACGCGCUCACUCCAGGCCUGGAUCUGCUACGUCACCUUCAUCUGCAACAUCUUCGACUACCUGAGGGUGAACAACAUGCCCAUGAUGGCUCUGGUGAACCCUGUGUACGACUGCCUGUUCCGGCUGGCACAGCCCGACAGCCUGCAGAAGGAGGAGGAGGUGAGUGCAGGGAGAGCUGCUGAUGUGCCUGUUGUCCUGCCCAAGGACUGUAAAAAGCACAGCUGGGGGCGGGGGGGUGCAGAGGAACCUCCACUGCUUUGUGCUCAGCAUCUGCUCUUCCUUCUGAAGGUGGACUGCUUGGUCCUGCAGCUCCACCGCAUCGGUGAGCAGCUGGAGAAGAUGAAUUCCCAGCGGAUGGACGAGCUCUUCUCCCUCCUCCGAGAUGGCUUCCUUCUGCAGGAGGGGCUCAGCUCCCUGUCCCAGCUCCUGCUGCUGGAGAUCAUUGAGUUCCGGGCUGCUGACUGGAAGAUGACGGACGCUGCCCAGAAAUAUUAUUACAGCGAAGUGACGGAUUAACCUCCCAAGGCAGAGAAAUCCCCAGCACCUUCACCAGCAAGCUUCGUACCAAUUUGGAAUUUUUCACAUUAAUUUUCUAGCACUCCCUGUAAAUAGGAUUUAUACUGGCUAGAGCCUCUCUGCACCUACUGUCAGAUGCAGCUGGUGCUGGUCUGACUUUGGAGGUUCAGAGCAGUGGGAAGGGCACACUUCACCCAGCAAAUUUUCCCACUGAUUUUGUCUUAAUAUUGGGCUGCUGUCAGCAAAGGGCUUGGGAGGCUUCCAGCUCACACCAGCAUUUUCUAUGAGUGUUACGGAAAGCACAGUUUAGGCUGAGAACAUUUUGCUUUACCCCUAAACCAGCAGAGCUGUGGGAGGCAGCAGGGAAAUAUCCCAGCUCAGGUUGUACCUCACAAACAGCUCAACCAAGUGCUUUUUUCCCCAGACUCCUUCCAGCAGGCUGGCUGCACCUGCAUGUACACAGCCUCUUCCACAGCCAGGAAUACCUGCCACAGGGCAGCCUGCAACAGAAGAGGUCCUUAAGCACAUGUAGGAAUGGGUUUUAUAGAUUUUCUAUAAUAACUGUCACCUUUUUUUUUCAGAAUUUUGCAAGUUUCAGCUAUGGUAUAUUUCUUAUAAGAAUGGGAGAGGAAGAAAUGAAACAAAAUAGUCUAUUGAAGGAUUUUUUUCUAAUAAAAGUUUUCCACUAACA